AUGCAGUGCCCUCAGAAUCUGAAGCAAGUGGAAGCCGAAACGGAGCUGAGCGGUGUUAAGUGGCGUGUUUUGGUUGGAGGAAAUGAGAAAGCGCUAAGAGCGAUCAAUAAACAAGAGAAAGGAACGGCGUGCCUCAGCAAGUCGCGCGGGUUGGAGAAGGGCUUGGCAGAUGACUGGCAGCAGUUAGAGGCCUAUGCAGGGCACCGCUGCAAAACGGCUAUGUUUGGGAAUAGCUAUGAUAUCCACUGGAGCAGAUUCUGUACAAAGAUCAAGAGUGAAGCAAAACAAUAUUUCCGUGAGUACUUUGGCAGGAUGGAAUGGGAACACAUGCUGACUGAUGUAGAGAAGAAGCAGAAGCAGUUCAGUAACUACCAGUGGUCUUCAUGUGUUAUGGAUGUUCAGAUGCAGGACGAAGAACUCAGGUCCUUUAGGAUAUAUCCAGCCAUGGAUAUGGACGGUGCCAGUUCAGUGGUGCUGCAGGCCUUAACCCAAGCUACGAGUCAGGACACGGCCGUGCUGAAGCCAGCAGAGGAGCAGCUCCGACAGUGGGAGACCCAGCCAGGCUUCUAUUCAGUCCUUCUGAAUAUAUUUAAUAACCACAUGCUGGACGUGAACGUCCGGUGGCUGGCUGUGCUGUACUUCAAAAACGGCAUUGACAGAUACUGGAGGAGAGUGGCACCUCAUGCGUUAUCAGAGGAGGAGAAGACGUCGCUGCGUGCUGGUCUCAUCACAAACUUCAAUGAGCCCAUCAGUCAGAUAGCAACCCAGAUCGCAGUCCUCAUAGCCAAGGUGGCUCGUCUGGACUGCCCCAGGCAGUGGCCAGAGCUCAUUCCCAUUCUGCUGGAGUCUGUGAAGGGCCAGGAUGGCUUGCAGCAGCACAGAGCUCUGCUGACGUUCUACCAUGUCACCAAAACCCUGGCGUCCAAACGUCUGGCGCAGGACAGACGUCUUUUCCAGGAUCUGGCAUCAGGCAUCUACAGCUUUGCAUGCUCCCUGUGGAGUCAUCACACCGACUGCUUCCUCCAGCAAAUCUGUGCCAGAGAUGAGGCUGCUGCGCUCAGCUCAUUGGAGAGAACACUGCUGUCUCUGAAAGUGCUUCGUAAAUUGACUGUUCAUGGAUUUCAGGAGCCCCAACAGAACAUGGAAGUCAUGUUCAUCAUUCAAACCGCCAUGAACAUGAGCCACGACGAGCGGUGCCAUCUGGCCACGGUGCGCAUUUAG